AUGGAAAAUACAGAAUUGUUAUCACAAAGCCCAUGCCCGGAACUCGCUGGAUCAAUCUCUUAUGAACAAGAUUGUCGGGUCGAAAUAUGUACAAAAAAGAAAACUAUACUGUCUGUGGAAGGUAUCGUUGCUUUAAUCGGCGACAAGUGCGACGGAGUGAUUGGACAGUUGACAGAAAAUUGGGGAGAGGCACUAUUUUCGACAUUGAGAAGAUCAGCAGGAGGGACCGCUUUCAGUAACAUGGCUGUUGCUUAUAAUAACGUUGAUGUCAAUGCGGCUAACAAGUACGGUGUUGCUGUUGGAAACACUCCAGGAGUACUUACAGAGACCACGACAGAGCUGGCAGGUUCACUUUUUUUAGCAGCUGCUAGAAGAAUAGUUGAAGCAGAUGAGUUCGUGAGGGCUGGCCUAUAUGAUGGGUGUCUUCCUAAUCUGUUUGUGAGAAACUUGCUUAAAGGACAGACUGUUGGGGUGAUUGAAUCUGCUUAUGCCAGAGCUGAUCCCCCUGAAGAAAAGAGCAAUGGUGUCAUUUCUUGCCUUAAUCCCCAAGUGGAGAUUGGAGACAUUGAAAAUGUAGAACAAAUCUUGGCAGCAAAGCGGAAGGGACUUGGAAGGUCAGUCAAAGUGGAGAAGCUUACACAUAGCUUGCCAAUGGAUGGUAGCGAAGCAGUGGUGGGUAACGAAGUAGUGGCUGGUAACGAAUUUCUCUACCCUAUGCAGAAAGAAGUUUCUGUUACUGAAGUGGCUUAG